GCUACAUAACACACUAAAGAAAAGAAAAAAUAGAAAUCGCAUCAUAUGACCCCUUUAAAAUACGUCAGAGAGUUUUACACACCGGUCUGUUAUUGUGGCGACAUUUCCACGCCCUGAAACGUGCCGCUGAACGAAACAAACUAUGAUUGGUUGUUUGACAUGUCGGUCAAACGGCCUCAUGGGUGGGCCUUGGCCAAAGAAUGCUGCCAUGGAUUCCAGACCUUCAGCCGUCAGUCUGAAGGUCUGAACACGCGAGACUAGUGAAACCGGGCCUAAGUGAUUGAAAAGAAUGGCUGCAUACACAUAUCCUCAUAAUUGUAUAUACAAAAAAUACCCUGAAGUCUAUAUGAAAAUAUCUGCCUUCCUCCCGUGGAUUAAAAAAACAUUGAAAUAGCAUCAUUUAUGCACGUAAAUUAUCUAUCGUGUUUAAGCCUAAAAAGAUCUUUUACCAAUUCUUAGCUAGUCCCUGAUGCUAUUUUCAUAUGGAAUGUCAUACAAAUGGUUAAGAAUAAUUUAUUUGACCUUUUUCUCUGUAUUGCUUCCAUGGCUGUCUUCAGGUGGGCCCACUAAGGUCCUCUAUGAUAUAACCUACUUAUUGGACUAGCCUUCUUAAUUUGCAUAUGAAUUUUAAAAAGCAAAUUUACAUCUCACAAAAUAAAAGUUAUUAAAAAGUCAAGCAAAUUAAAGUGCAAAUAAUUAUCAGAUUUUUCAAGCAAAACUUGUACAGUCCUAAGUCAAAAAUAAAAGCAUCUGUAGAACUUUGGUCCAUAGGAAGUUACAGAACAUUGUUGAUUCUUGAUGUUGAAAGGUAUAGAUUAUCAUACCAUUACAUCUAAAAUGUUAUGCAAUGACAGAAAAGUUGUACUUCCAGCUAGGUAACUGCGAAGAUUAAUAUGUCCACACAAAAGUAAUGCAAAGUACAAAUGUAAUGAUCUUCAAUUUAGGGUUUAGAAUUCACUCACUUCUUGUAUGUUACAAACAUCUCCUCUAAAAAGACCGUUUGUUUCUUUGGGUACAACUACAGCCCACAACUUACACUUUACUUAAUAACUCUUUUCCUGUAACUCUCAUUUAUUAGUCAGUCUACCACAUCCUCCUGAAUGAUGGCUAUUUGUUAUUUUGUACACACAUUUGUGGUUUGAGGUAAGAAGGGGAGGGGUUACUACUAGCGAGGGUAGAGAGUGGGUUUGAGUAUUUUGACAACACUUAAUGCUUAAACGCAGACUGUUGCACCAUGGUUCAUUAUUCUUUUCUUCUCCUUGUUAUCUCUUUGGCUGGUGGGAUGGCAAGUGAUAUUAUUGGAGGAAAAGAGGCUAAACCUCAUUCCAGGCCAUACAUGGCAUCUAUUCAGAUCAACAAACAUCACACAUGUGGAGGGAUGCUGAUCAGAGAGGAUUAUGUCCUGACAGCGGCCCACUGUUUGAAUCGUAGUGUCUUCUCUAGUCGAGAUCACUUUGAGGUUGUUCUGGGAGCUAACAAUAUCACUAAGAAGGAGCAGAGCCAGCAGAGAAUCCCAGUGAGGAAAUACAUCCGACAUCCUAUGUUUGAAAGGAACAAGGCGGUGGACUACAGUUAUGAUAUCAUGUUACUAAAGCUUAAGAACAAAGCCAAGCUGAGCAAAUCUGUGAAAGUUAUGCCUCUUCCGAAGAAUGGAAAAACACCAGCUAAUGUUCACUGCUCUAUUGCGGGUUGGGGGGCGAAAACCCCAAAAGGAAACCAGGCAUCAGAUGUGAUGUGCGAAGUCAGUCUCAAACUGCAGGAAAACUCAAAAUGUGAAAAAAUGUGGCAGCAUUACUUCAACCCUGAGAGAAUGAUCUGUAGUGAAUCAGAUGGGAAACAUGCUUUUUGUUUGGGGGAUUCGGGGAGUCCUCUUAUCUGCAAUACUAAACCACAAGGAAUUGCUUCAUAUACCUUUACUGGUAACUGUACAAAUAAAUCAUAUCCUCAAGUUUAUGUAAAAACCUCCUACUUCCUCCCCUGGAUUAAAAAGAACAUUGGUUAAAAUUAAACAAACAAACAAACAAAUAAAACAAGUAAUUUGGGUUCUUACAUUAAA